UAUGUUUUGCCAUAAGUAGUUUAAACGUCCCUAAGACCUAUAGAAAUCACAGAGACGUAGAUAACAUGUUACUUAAAUAGUUAAGUGUUCAGUGUUGUUAAGUGUUUGUGUUUCGUACGUGGUGGCAUACCAAAUCUUAUUUGGGUUGGUUUCAUUGAAGCUCAAGUUAAUAUCACUUAUAUCUUAGUGAAAACCAGCGACCAUUCAAAUAUUUAAUACACGUUUUAUCUGCAUAUAUCAGUAAUACUUAACAACAUGAAUGAGGGCGAGGGUCGUGUUUUGUGUGUUGGAUUGUGCGUUUUGGACAUUGUGAAUGUCUGUGAGAGUUAUCCAGAAGAAGAUUCGAAACAAAGGUCUGUGGAAUACUACUGGCAGCGAGGCGGUAAUGCUUCGAACAGCGCAUCUGUACUUGCAAUGCUCGGCGCUGACGUUGAGUUUCUUGGAACUCUGGAGCAGGGCCAAGAAUACGGAUUUUUGCGGUCCGAUUUUCUUGAAUGUGGUGUACACAUCGAUAAUUGUCCUGUGCACGUGGAGGGGCAAUAUCGCUGUCCAGUUUCAACAACCAUCAUCAACCGACAGAAUGGCUCCAGAACAAUCAUUGCUGCUUUAAACAAUAUAUCCGAGUUGCAAAUAGACGAUUUCAUGAAAGUAGACCUGAAAAGAUACAAAUGGAUUCAUUUCGAGGGCCGUCCAGGAGUCGACAGGAUGUACGAACUGUUGAAUGCUGUUCAUACAUUCAACGAGAGUUGUUCGAUGGAAAAGAAAAUUGUCAUUUCGUUGGAACUUGAAAAGAUCAAACGCCCUGAAUUAUUGUCGUUGAGCGGUCUGGCAGAUUACGUGUUUAUCAGCAAGGAGUUUGCAAUGAGUCUUGGUUACUUCACUAAAGAAGACGCCGUUGAAAACCUGAUAUCGCAUUGUCGGAAGGGGUAUAUGGCAACCGUUAUAUGCGCUUGGGGUGCUGAUGGUGCUGCAGCAAAGUCCGGUUCGGACAAGGUUGUCGUAUCGGCCGCUUUCCCUCCUGAUGAAAUGGUUGACACCAUGGGAGCAGGCGACACGUUUAAUGCGGCAACCAUUUUUGCCCUAUGUAAUUGCGCUGGUCUCAAUGAAGCAAUCGCGUUCGGGUGUAAAGUGGCCGGUGCGAAAUGUGGAAUAAGGGGAUACAAAGAAUUGAAAGGACUUAAAGGCGCCAAUGUUACCGUCAAUACAUAAUAAAUGUCUUGUUACACCAUUUUUACUUUUAAAAUUGUAUACAUCGAAUUAUAAAUAAGCAGCAUAUUACAUGUAUACAUAAAUAAAUAUUUAGCUGCUUUA